UACGCCCUCUUCGCUGGCGUCUGAAGAGCAGCCGUAAACAAAACAGCCAUCGUUUGCCAGACGCCAACGAUUGCUUCUUCUAUUUGGCCUACAGUCGGUCGCCCGGCCGAGCCGAGAGAGUCGCGAUGGUCUGCGGUGGCUUCACGUGUUCCAGAAAUGCCCUGUGCUCCUUGAACGUUGUCUACAUGCUGGUCGGCCUGCUGCUGAUUGGCGUGGCGGCGUGGGGGAAGGGUUUCGGCCUGGUCUCCAGCAUCCAUAUCAUCGGCGGUGUGAUCGCCGUGGGCGUCUUUCUUCUGCUCAUCGCCAUCGUGGGCCUCAUCGGAGCCAUGCACCACCACCAAGUCAUGCUUUUCUUCUACAUGGUCAUUCUCUUCAUCGUCUUCCUCUUCCAAUUCGGAGUGUCCUGCUCCUGCCUGGCAAUGAACCGCAGCCAGCAGGAAGGACUUCUGAACUCAGCAUGGGGAAUGCUGGAAAAUAACACCAAGACCGACUUGGAGAGUCAGCUCAACUGCUGUGGGCUUCUCAAUGUCACCAGCAAACGAGAACAGUUUGAGAAGGAUUGGCAGAACUGUCCUGCUUUAUGCAAGAAUACGACUUUAUGCUACACCUGCGGGGAUAUGAUGCUGCACCAUGCUAGCGAGGCUCUCAAGAUCCUCGGAGGCGUCGGGCUCUUCUUCAGCUUCACCGAGAUUUUGGGAGUUUGGCUGGCAGUGCGCUACAGGAACCAGAAGGACCCGCGAGCGAACCCAAGUGCUUUCCUAUAGUCUGCCCCACGCGUGUAAACAGUACAGCUCCGCGCCCUUUCUGACUCACCGGUACACAACGCUCGACGCGGAACAGACAUGCCCGGCGCCCAACCGACACGAGAACACGCUUUCUUCACCUGGAACCGAGAACCUAUCUGAGCUCAUGCUUAACCGAUCGAGGACUCGCGCAUGACAGGAUGAUUCGUAAUACCGGUGAGCCCCACUCGCCCGUAUCGCGAUGCAGCCUUGAUUUGAGUUCCCGACGGACUCGACUCACCAAUCGCACGCCACACAGACAAGCCGCCACCCAACCCAACAAGUGAGAGGCGUCUCACAAAUUAACCCUGGAUGUGUUUUUCAUGUACAGCACACGUGCUGGUCUGUCUGAUGAGACUGUUAUAGGGAAAAGACUGGAUGUGUGGAGCAAAAGUAGCUUUUGUGUAAAUUGUGUCACAAAAAGGUUUAAAUUAGCAACGUGACCAAGUGGCCACCAUCUUUGGGGAAUCUUCUCAAAAAAAACAAAAACAUGGAAUGGGCACUUUUAACGCCUCUAAAGUCCCCCAUGUCCAUGUACUUCUCAAGUGUCCACACUGCUCUUCUCACUAAUCUUCAAUUUGCAUCAGAGGUGCAACAAUUAAUCGGUUAUCAAAAAAAUCGUCAACUGUUUUGAUGAGGAUUAAUCGUUCAAGUUGGCCAACUAUUUUCAGUUUUUGGCUCUUAACAUUUCAGGCUUGCUUUGUGAAAGCAGGCAUUUUCUGUUUAAGCAAAAAAAGACAUGUGCAAAUAUCAGCUUUGAUAGCAAUGAUCAUUUUGCCCAUUUUUGGGGGGAUGUUAUGGAAUUCCAAAUGUCCUGUUUUAAUUGAGGGGAAGGGGGGUUGAUUUUUUUUUUGUACUCAUUCAUUAUUUAAUUCCAAAUUGAUUAUUAAUAAUCAUCAGUUGCAACCCUAAAUAGUUACUAAAGUCACAUGUAACAUUUGUAGCAAGUGACACUGUUUGAAACAUCAUGUGAAUUUUAACAUGUGGGCUUGUAGACCUGUACCAAUUUACUGGUAAAUAUUUUGACCUGAAACCUGUCAGCCAAUCGAAAAAGUGAUUUCCUGAGUAGCAAAUGAGAAGGAAUGCUGAAAAAGAAUCAAAUUUUGCUCUUUUAGAAGCCCUUGGACCAGAUUUUCAAAAAGCUAAUUUGCUCCAACACAAACUCAAUUUCAACUGAACCCAUCAUUUGAAUUUUAAAAUUUUUGUUGCAUUGUAUUCAAAUCGAACUGGCUCUUUGACUGACUGACAUUUUUGCUUAAUCUUGUCCUAUUGCUGCUUCUAGUGGUUAGGGAGUAAAGAAUGAAGAAAUAUUGCAAAUACAGUUAGAGUUGGAAAUUAGUCACUCAUUACUUACUCAAUAAUGCACUGCAAAGCAAUUCAGGAUCUAAGUUCAAGUGGCCAAUCCAAAGAGAGAUAGGAUUUUUUUUUUUUUUUUUUAAUCUUGUCAUGUUGCUAUUAAACUGUAGUUUCGACAAACGGUAAGGUAGUCAAUCACAUUGAAAUAUUUAUGAACUGUAACUGAGCCAGCUGUCCCAAGUUGGAUUGCCAACGGACUGCAGACUUGAUGUUGUACAUAAUAGCGAUGUUGUGUAUAGUUUCUCCUUUAGCUUCUCAUCCCUUGUGUUGCACUAUGAUUUUGCUUCGUAUAGCUUGUCAGUAGGUUCCAGCCCAUUUCAGCCCAAAUCUAACCAGCCAGAGAAACCAGGAGAAAGUGUUGGUUAGGUAUCAGCGUUUGCAUAUCACUGGUAGUUGUGUGUCAGUUAAGUUGUUUGAAAUUAGUGUGGAGUUGCAACAGACACUCCCCCACCCAAAAUUAAACAUAAUUGUCUCCUUGUCAGUGAAUGAGUUAUGGGACCAAAUAUUUAUUUCAUGAUUCAUUAUAUACAUUUUCUUUUAUUAAUCUGGCAGUAAGUCUUUUUUUUUUUUUUUUUGGCCCUUUUUUCUGCCAAAUAUUGGGAUCUGCAUCGGGCUCAGAAAUAAUCCAUAUCAGUCAGCCCUGCAAUGUAGACUGUAGUGCAAACAGUAUAUAUAGGGCAACAGAAAAUUGUGCUCCAUCACUUGGUCGAGGAUUUCGUUUGUUUUCUUGUGAAGUGUGAAAUGGCCUCAGUUGCUGUCCUCUUUAGUCAGUUCCUUUGUUAAUAAUUGCCAGGAGUCAUUUACAUUUAUCAGUGUUAUUAAAUGAAUGCUUUGUACAAAUGUGUGGAAUAAUGUUUGUCUAUUUUAAAUUAUCUUUGAUGGGUGUGCUUAUUUACAGCAAUGGCGUUCGUUGACGAGCUUUUAACUUCUAGAUGAGCGCCAACUUUAGAUCCGUGUCUUACUUGAACUUGUCAGUGACAGCCAGUGCAUGUUUUGCUGCUACUGUUGCUGCUGCUGACGAGGUUUCCCCUGCUGUGUACAGAUGCGUUGCCAGAUAUUCCGCUCAAUAUUUACACCACACCCUUAAUUUGUGUGCACUUGUGGUUGAAUUGUAUUUUUCCCUUCAUUUGGGGACCUAAUUUUACAAGUAAUAAAAUCUCAAAUUAGACCAUA